UCCCCGAAAACCCUCCGCCUCGACGCCGCCGGGGGCGAGGCGGGGGCGGUGACGCCCCGUGCCCGGCGCGCCGGCCAUGCGGGACGCGGCCCCCGGCGGCCCGGCGGCGGCCGACGGGCGCUGAGCGCGGGCGGCGGCGAUGCCGAUGCCGGGGGGCGGCGGGGCCGCGGCCGCCGCCAGGCACCCCCCGGCCGGCGAGGCGGCGGCACCGCGGGACGAGGAGCAGCAGGAGGAAGAGGGCGAGGAGGAUCUCCGCGACGGCGGCGUCCCCUUCUUCGUCAACCGCGGCGGGCUGCCGGUGGACGAGCCCACCUGGGAGCGGAUGUGGCGGCAUGUGGGCAGGAUCCACCCCGAGGGGGACCGGGUGGCGCAGAGGAUCCGGGGCGCCGCCGACCUGCCCAAGAUUGCCAUACCAAGUGUGCCUGCGUUCCAGCCGUCCACCCCCAUCCCUGAGCGCCUGGAAGCUGUACAGCGCUACAUCAGGGAGCUUCAGUACAAUCACACUGGGACACAAUUCUUUGAGAUUAAGAAGAGCAGACCUCUGACUGGGCUGAUGGAUCUGGCCAAAGAAAUGACCAAAGAGGCCCUGCCAAUUAAAUGCCUGGAAGCUGUGAUCCUGGGAAUUUACCUCACCAACAACAUGACCACGCUGGACCGUUUCCCCAUCAGCUUCAAAACCCACUUCUCAGGGAACUACUUCCGACACAUUGUGCUGGGGGUGAACUUUGGAGGCCGCUAUGGGGCACUGGGCAUCAGCCGACGUGAGGAGCUCAUGUACAAAGCACCCGUCUUCCGCACACUGAGUGAACUCAUCUUUGACUUUGAGGAGGCAUAUCGCCGCUGCUGGCACACUCUCAAAAAGGUGAAGCUGGGCCACUGUGUGUCCCAUGACCCACACAGUGUGGAGCAGAUCGAGUGGAAGCACUCCAUCCUGGAUCUAGACAAGCUAACCCGGGAGGACUUCCGCAAAGAGCUUGAGAGACAUGCCCGUGAUAUGCGGCUGAAGAUUGGCAAAGGAACUGGGCCACCAUCUCCCACCAAGGACAGAAAGAAAGAUGUCUCCUCCCCACAGAGAGGUCAGGCCAGCCCCCAUCGGCGCAACAGCCGCGGAGACCGACGGCCAUCUGGUGAGAAGAAGCCUGCCGAUUCCAAAGCCAUGCCAGACCUCAAUGGGUACCAGAUCCGGGUGUGAAGAGAGCUGUGCCUUGGGUGCCUGGCUCCGCAGACUUCUUGCUGGCCACAACUGGGACCUGGAUCCACCUGCAGUGAUUCUGACAAAGGGGACAGGGGAGCUGGAAUGGAACAGUGCUGAUCUUCCCAGGUACUUCCUAGUGGGCCAGUCCCAGAGCUGGAUCCCAUGGGUCCCAGAGGAUUCACCUGCCUGUUUCUGGGAGAGGUGUCUAUCUUAAUUCACUGAAACAAGUAUUUAAAAAAAAAAUAUCUGUAUAUUAGUGGGAGUUUGCUGCAGGAAGAUAUGAAGUGAGUGGGGUCAGCAGACUUGCUAUUGAUUUUUUUGUGUUGACAGCAAGUAGGUGAAGCAUCUUGUCAACAGUAUUUCUUCCCUGUCUGCACAGAAGUCUUCAAUCCAUGCAAGGCCUGCAGGGCUGAGGAAGAAGUGAUGCUGGAAUGGGAUGGCCCCUGCAUCUUGUGCAAAAACUCCUGGGUCUGUCAUUAUGAACACUUUUGUUUAUCACUGCUUUUAUGAGAGACAGGGCUGAAUUUGCUCAGCCUGAUUUAUUGAUCGUACAAGGGCCUCUCAUCUGGAGAAACCACAUCUUCUGUGUUUAGUCCUGCCUAUUUCAAAGCAUUUCAUUGUCUCUGAGGAGGUAAACAGUGGGAUGAUGAUUCUCUUUACCCACUGUGAUGCUGGUGAACUGCUGUAAGUCCUUUUGUGGCUGAGUGGGCCAGGAUAUGCCUAUGCCAUUGCCAUAUGAAAACAUGCACAGAGACCUCAAUUGUCCCAGCAGUGGAGGCAGGGGCAGGCAGGGGCUAGUGGGAAGCCUGAACUCUGUGUAAUCUCUUCAUCAGCCUUCUCUCUAUUAACUUCUAGUGACUGCUACUGUGAAAGCUUGUGGAGGGCACUUCAGUCACUGAGGUAUGAGUUUUAAGAGUGAACAGUUAAAGAAGGAUUUAACGAUGUGAAUGGGUUUUACAAGCAUUUUUCUUUUCCUUUGUCCCUUCCUCACUGUAGCGUUAGUGCUAGAGUUACAGACACCUGCUGGUAGGAAGUCCUGCUCGAGGAGGUUGCAGCUGCUUUCCUGACAGCUCAGCCUGGAGCCUCCUGAAAGUAGUUCCUCACCCCAGUCCCACAGCUGUGCUUGUCUUCUAGCUCUUUGGAUAGCUACAGGAUUUAACAGCACCACUGAGGCUAGCCAUCACCACAGGGCUGGGCCGGGCCUUUUUGCCCGCUUACAGCCUUUACUCUUCCUACGCUUCUUUUCAGGGGAGUGUUGUACUACUGAUUAAACAGCGUAAUGCUUGUCAGAAAUCUGGAGUAUUGUCAGACAUCUCUUUGAGGCCUAGGGCCUAGAAACAGUGGGGUUGCCAGAAGUCAGAACAGCAUGGCCUUGAGGUGAUCACCGGGAUGCAAACACUGAGCUUAGGAGUGGCAGUAUCUUGAGAGAAACUGAGUCUUGUUUUAUCACGGCACUGACAAGCAGCUAGACUUUAAUUUUGUUAGAACUGGGCUUAUUCUUUCCUGCCAACCUUUUAGAAACAUGAUGGAGCUUAGCUCUAGCAGGUGUUUUGUUGCAGUAUUGCUGUGCCACACCCUCGUAUAAGCAGCGCUAUUCUGGUGGCAGAGAAUGGGUUCUUAUCCCCAAACAAAUCAGCUCUUCUGUAGGGUUAAAGCAGCGUUAAUCCUAGAAGCACCACCCACAAGCGAUUUAACUGAGGCCUUACAGGUUCCUAAUUGUACAUCCUUAACUGUGAUGUAACUUGCAAGGCACUAUAUCCACACCACUGCAGCCUGUCUUUCCAAGCUCUCUGUAGUCUGUAUUUUUCUGCUGUGCUGUACAACCAGGAGGACUCCAGCUAUAUGCAACAAUUUGAAAUUAGACACAGUAGCAAGCCAAGCACCCCUUUCGAUGUGUUUUCUGGUCAAUUUUGUGUGACUGUAAAUUAACGUAUUUAGUGUCUAAAUAUGUUAAAUAGGCUAACAAUGAUGUUAGCUGUAAAGGUACCACAGUUACCUGUAAAUAAUAUGGGUCACUUGGAAGCCACGAACUGCCUUUGUAUAACGUUUGCUAUGCAGCGGGCUGAACGUUCAGGUGCCACUGUGAAUCAUAUGAUAAACACAAGCAGCAGUCAGCAAGGGAAACUGAGUGCCAGGUUUUAUCAAAGUGGAUGAAAUCCGGGGGGAAAAAAAUUAUAAAAGCUACUUAGAUAAAACUAGGAUGCAUCUGCACUGUGACUUUGGGUGGUUAAUUAGUUAAUUCAGAGUAACUGGAAAGCUCUUGAGUAUAAUUAGUGGCUUCAUACAGAGCACAUUCAAUAGCUGGACAGACUUGAGCCUUUUUAGAUGGAAAGGAGGGGAAGUGUGUUGGGGGGAGGAAGACUUCAAAACAGAUGGGACAAGUGAGGGGUCACCUGCAAACUAAUGAUGCUUUCUUGAGAGCAGGGCAAAAAGGAUGCUCAGCAGUGUUAGAUCACCAGGGCAGAAUGGCUUAAAACAAAAUGCUUUGUUUGACCUGGUAAUUAAGCGUUUUCCUGCAGGAUGUAACCGAGGCCAAUAGCUCAGAAAACCAAAGGAAGCGGAUGUUUUGGGAAUGAAUGACAGGUAGAGUUCGAGGUCUCUUAAUUCUCAGCUGUAGCCAGACAAGAAUAUCCUCUUUCAAGAUUUAGUUGCACAAUUAUGUACAUUAGGAGGCAUUUAAUUCUUCUUAUGUAUCUAAUGUUAGUCACUCCUCAAGAUGGACACAGGAGCAGACAUGAGCCUUCUACUAAGGUUACUAUUUCAAGCUGCCUACUAUGUUUCUCCAUGUGGUAGAAUUCCCACCCUUUAUGCUGUUUCUGCAUCUCCAUGGUGCAGGUGGUGCAACAAACUGGAAAAUAACCAAACAUUCUCCCCUUCUUGCUUUUGCUCCCCCCAUCUUUGUAACAAGAUGAAUCACUUCAAUACAAAGCUUAGCUUCCUUGCUAACAAGACCACAUCCCCCUGUGACAGAGGAUUCCCGCAAUCCAGUUUUAUGCCAUAGGAAACCUGAAGGUACAAUGAAAGAUGAACUUUUGCACUUCUGCUUCUUUCCUCCCUCAUCCACCUGUUCUGGCUUCUGGUCUGUCUGCCUUUAACCAUAAGGAAAAAGUUUGGAGGUGAGUCUUUUUUUACUUGUGCAGUCAUUAAAGCUAAAGAGAAGGAAUUAAAAGAAGGAACUAGACUGUAACUCAUACUUCUUAGUGCCUGCAGAACAAAAAAGAUCUUAAGGAGUCCUAUUAAUCGCUUAAUGUUAAAUAUUAAUAUGAUUGCUCAUGUAGCUCUGGAGUGUAAAUUCCAGGGUUCAGUAGGUCUCAUCUGAUGUCUGUUCUGCAGUACAAGUCCUUCUGAACUCAGUGAAAGUGAACUGUGUCCACACACAGUGCAUAUCGAACAUCCAGUGGAAUGGAUAGACACUGCCUAUGUUGUAUGUCAAUUCUAGGUGAGCUUUGAAAGACUUGAACAAACGUUGGCCUACUACUAGCAAAACUAUUUUAAAUGCAAUGCAAACCGUGAAAUAAGAGGUCUUCUUUAUACUUUUGUGUAGCCAAGUCCCUUGAUACCUGGCCAACUGCAAUUUUUUUAAUGGAUGAAUGGAUUAGUAAGCAAAACUUUCUGCUAGUGUCACUCUUGAUAUAAACUUCAUAUACUAAAGAGCGGGGCUGGGUGUCCAUCAGUCUGUGACACACUAGCCUUUUUUUAACUCUGAUGUGAUAAGCAAAAUGAGUCUCUAGGAACUUAAGGUAUGUUAAGCAAGUGUUUUAGCUGGGAGUGGAGUGCUUUUUUUCAGUUGACUAUUUUACCUGUGUGCCACUGUAUGGGUCAGUAGUAUGCUUAGAUCUACCCAAACAAAUUACUCCAGAACUGUGGUUGAAACUUAGUUUCUGUUCACGCAGUAGCUGUAUUGCUGUUAUCAGAUCUGCUUAACAUGAAGAAUAUUUUUUUUAAAAAAAACUAUUUCAGGUGAAAGCCUUAAUCAGGUGCCUGCCCCUUAAGGUAGGCUCACAUGGUGGUGUAUAGACUGAAACAUGACUGUCCUUAAAACUGCAGAGUUUAAGAAACCAUAAUGAACAGAAAAAUGCUCCUGUUGCCAAAGGGCAAGAGUCCGGAUUAGAUGGGUUUGAUCUUGCUUCAGUGGCUCUGGCUGGUCACUUCAGGUGGUUGCUUUAGCCACUUGCUCCUGCUAAGUGAAGCAUUUCAAGUGGUCCUGAUGAUCAGGCACUUCAUCUAGGCAGGAGGUGCCCUGUGUCCCAUGCGUACUGUGUGUGCAAGUCUGGCUGAAAUAACCCCCCGUAUUCCAGUGGUCUUGCACUCUUGUCCUGUCAACAUUAAGACCUGCAUUAUGGAUUUAUAACUUAAUCUAAGAAAGCAAGUGCUAUUCUGGCUUGGUGUUUGCUCUGCCAGAGCAAGGUGGAGAUCAUCCCUCUACAGCCAAGCUGAACUCCUUAGGGAAUAUUUUUGUUUGUUUCCUGAGCAGGUGUUUACUUGUAUCACAACCACUUCAGUGGUGCCCUGGCCCCAUCUGCUCAAAAGCAACUCAACUUAGACCCAGAAGGCUACUGAAUCCCCCAUAAUCUCUGCAGAGCAGAGUUUCCCUCCAGGUCAGGGUUGAGAUGGUGCUAGUGGGACCAGAGUGGUCCCCUUCCAUGCACAUCAGUAUUCUACUCUAGCACUGAUAGGGUGCUCCAAAGCCAUUUACAUCUUUAUCACCCGUACAGCUCAGAACUAAGAAAUGGAAGGUUUCUUUCUUUAAGAACAAUAUCAUGUCUGUCUUUUUGUAAUUAAUCAGUGUGGUUCUGUGUUCUUAUGUAGCCAACACAGAACUUGUAUUUAGAUUUAGUUCUUACUGCACUUCCCAUAGCUUUCAUUGUGAUACUUCUUCCUGCUUCCUUUGACACUUAGACAAUAAAAUUCCCUCUGUACUGCUCUCAGCUUGUGCAGAGAAAACAA